AUGGGUGGGAGCCGAGCCCUUUCCCUCUCCUCCCUCUGCGCCGCCUCCCUCUCCCUCGCCGCCGCCACCAGGUCCCCCCUCCACCGCACGCGCCACCUCCGGCCCCGCCUCGCCGCAGCCAUGUCGUCCUCCUCCUCCCCCUCGCCCGCCCCGGCUCCAGGCGGUGCCGACUCCGCCGCGGCGCCCUCCGCGUCCUCCGCCAUCGACUUCCUCACCCUCUGCUACCGCCUCAAGACGACGAAGAGGGCGGGGUGGGUGAGGCGCGGGCUGCAGGGCCCCGAGUCGGUGGCCGACCACAUGUACCGCAUGGGCGUCAUGGCGCUCGUCGCCGCCGACCUCCCCGCCGGCGUCGACCGGGAUAGGUGUGUCAAGAUGGCGAUUGUGCAUGACAUUGCCGAAGCUAUUGUUGGCGAUAUCACCCCUUCGGAUGGUGUGCCCAAGGAAGAGAAGAGCCGUAGGGAGAAGGAAGCUUUGGAUCAUAUGUGUACAUUGCUUGGUGGAGGGUCAAGAGCCGACGAAAUCCGUGAACUUUGGACGGAGUAUGAGAAUAAUGCCACUUUGGAAGCGAAGGUUGUCAAAGAUUUUGACAAGGUUGAGAUGAUACUUCAAGCACUGGAGUAUGAAAAGGAGCAAGGGCGGGACCUAGAGGAGUUUUUUCAAUCAACAGCAGGGAAAUUUCAGACAGACGUGGGAAAAGCAUGGGCCGCGGAGAUUGCAUCAAGAAGAAAGUAAAAUCGACUGACCAAACGACAAGGCCUCUCGGUGCUUCUAUUUUUUCUUCAGACAUAGCUGUCCAGCACCGAAUUCGUUUCACAUCGAAUUCACUUUUACCUUCUUUCUUAGACCUGAGACAAAACUAUGCUUGCCACGUUUAAAGUUCCAGAUCAGCAAAUAGCAUUGCUUCAGGGGUUUGGUUCCUCUUGGUCGUAGUUGCCCUGCCAUGAAGCUUGUAACUUACACCUGCCUUGCCCCCGUGCUCGCCGGGAUCCAACUAGGGAGUCGCCGGACCAGCGGCUUCUCUCUGAUGUAAACUUAUUCCGCUCACUAAGCAUUGUACCACCACUACAGCAUAUCUCAUGGUAACCAUGUACUGUAAUAUCGUAUCCAUCCGUCUAUUAAGGGACUUUCUAUUACAUGUA